AUGUCAGCAUUACCGCCGCCCCGAAUCAACACGCAAGACGUUCAGGGACAGGAUGUCGUCUCGGGUAUGCAUAUGCGUCGUGAUGGGGCAUGGAUCGUUGCUGAUGCGCCCGUGUGCCGGCACACUAGAAUCCUCAGAUGACCACUUCUCCUCCGCUUCUGAGGGCACUCCCAAUCCUAACCAUCUGAGCACCGACGGCUCGCAGUCGCCCAUUCCCAUAACACGAGUCGAGCGUGUCGAUGACAAGGCACACCACGGCGAGGUCCCAGGAACGCCUGCCUACGAACUGCGCACCAGGGACGCCGUGCCUGACGAGAUAGAGAUUGUACCCGAGGGGAGACGCUCACGGAGUGCUACCGCGAGUAGGAGUCGCGCCUCUUCACACCUGUCGGCAAGCAGCAGACCGCAGACCCCCGGUGGGACGCCCAUACCUAAGACGAUUGUCGAAAGGGUGGACGACAAGCCUGCGCACGGCGAGGUCGACGGUACUGCGGCAAAGGAGAUGAGAAUGGCCGAUGCUGCGCCUGACGAGAUCAGGAAAGCCCCUCCUCAGGCUGUAGAUGGUAGGUAAGUUGUUUGUGUCGGUCAAUCAGAGGCACUUGUGCUGACCAGUCCCAGCGGAUCAAGUCACGGCCAGCCUCCGUCAACAGGGACACACGUAGAACAGGAUUCCGAAGACAGACAGGAGUGGUUUCGCUCCAUGUGGGAAGGCAAAUCAUCGAAUGAUACUGUGCCAUCGCAUGAAACAGUAGACGAUGCAGAAGAGAAGGAUGCAGAAGAAUACGAUGCAGAAGAGGACGACGAUGAUUUUGGAGACGACUUUGACGAGUUUGCUGAGGGAGGCGGCGAUGAUGAUUUUGGUGACUUUGACGAAGCCGAAGCUACACCUGUUGCACAAGACACACAACCUACUCCCUCAACUGCCAGCAUACUAGCAGGCCUUGUAAGUAGCAUGCAAGCACUGAAUUCCUCAAGAAGAAGUGCUGUCGCUCUCGCGCGGGAUGGUAAGCUGACAUCGUCCUUAGCCUCCCCUUGACCUCCUGCUUGAUCUUUCAGGUGCAGAACUGCAAGACACAAUAUCACCGUACCUUGAUGCCAUCUUCCCCGAUUCUACCGCCCCGCCAUCGUCGACUCCACCGUUAGAUAUGUCCAACAGCUCACCAUUCCUCUCCGAGCGCUCGCUUUCCCUCUGGCAACAACUUGUAUCACCUCCACCAAUGCAACCACCCAACUGGACACGAAGUCGCAUUAGGCGCCUCUUUUUGGUCUCGCUCGGUGUACCAGUGGAUCUGGACGAGAUUCUGCCUCCUUCUAAGCAGAAGCGACUUGUACUGCCCAAUAUCAACUUGACAUCGCCUCGCGCCUCCACGAAUGCAUUGGAGCGUCUAAAACAGGGAGACAAUAAUGAUUCAUCAACAUCCGUGGACUCUAAGACUGGCGCGCCCAAGAAAGCGAAGCGAACAGCUACAAAGGGUCCUCAACCACCUCCGGACUUCGAUGCUAAUUCUGCAUCGCUCGUAUGUGGUACGACCGAGGAAGCACUACAGGGUUACUCGGACGAUGAGCUGAGAGAUCAUGUCUUCACCCUGGAGAUUCUGAACAAGAAGGCAAGCGCAGUGCUGGAAUACUGGCUACAGAGGAAGGACGAUGCACUGAAGGAGAAGGAGGCGCUAGAGGGUGUCAUCGAGAAUCUGGUCGGAUUCGUGAAAGGGCGCAGAGGGAAAUAG